AUGAUGGUUAUUCCACAAUCGCAAACAACAUCGAAUGAAUCAAAAUUAGAAUUAGAUAAAAAUAAGAAAAAUUACAUUAAUACAUUAACUUUAUCAAAACGAUUAUCUGAUCGUUAUGCUGCUGCUCAUCAUGCAUUAAAAAAUAUAUUCAAUCCCGAAACAUGUCGUUUCCGUGAUAAAUUUAAACAAAUGUGUGAAACACUUUUACUUGAUGAUCCAAUUGAUUAUGGAUUAAAAAUUAUUGAUCUUCUUUGGCGUAAAGCUGCUUAUGAACCAAUACAAAUAUUUAAACGAUAUCGACAAGAAUAUGAUGAAACAACAAUAAUAGAAAUUGAAAUAAUGUAUCGUAUGCAUCUAUUAUCUGUAUUUGGUUAUUAUUCAAAUUUAUUAAUUAAAUUUGUAUCAAUGAUAAAACCAUAUCGUAAUAUGAAUCAUUUUUUUGAUUUUAUUCAAUUAUUUAAUGAAAAUAAAUGUAUUUUAGCUAUUAAUCUAACAACAAUAACAAUAACAACAACAACAAAAAUUGAAAAUUUAAUUGAAUCAUUAUUAAAACUUAUUCAUAAAUGCUUAGUUUGUUUGGGUGAUAUUAGUAGAUAUUUAAGUGAAUAUGAUGGUUGUAUGCAAACAGCUGAAAAAUAUUAUACUAUGGCAGUACUUCUCGAUCCCGAGAUUGGAAUGCCAUUAAAUCAAUUAGGAACUUUAUCUGGUCGAUCGAAUAGUAGUUGUGAUGCAGCUUUUUUCUAUUUACUUUGUUUGAGUACAGUACAUCCAUUUGAUGGUGCUAAAGAUAAUUUACAAAUGCUUUUUGAACGUAAUGAAAAACGUUUUUUGGAAUUAACUAAACAACAAACAAAAAAUCGAAAUGAUAAAACAAGUCAUCGUGAAAUUCGUCGUUUUCUUGUCGAAUUUUUACAUGUUUCCCAUCAAUUACUUGAAUCAAAUAAUAUUGGUCAAAUUCAAGAAUUAGGUCAACAAACAUUAAAUGAUUUUAAUGCUUGUAUGUUUUAUCAAAUUGAUUCUAUUCUGUCUGAUGAUCUUGUAUUUAAAUUAUUAUCUAUAUCAAUGAUGCUUGUUGAUCGUAUUCAACGUACACGUAGUCGAACAAUUAAACAAACAAUACUUUUUGCUGGUAUUGCAUUUGCUGUUGCUCUAUUUUCACAUGUAGUUAAUCAUACAAUAAUUCGUUUACAAAAUGCUUUUUAUCAAUUACACGAUGCUCGUACAAAAACAAAUGAAAAUGAUUCCGAAGAAGAAGAAGAACGUCGACAGGCAGAAGCUAAAGAAAAACGACGUCGAGUGAAAAUGAUGAUGUCUCGACGUCGUCGACAAAGUGCUUCAUCAUCAGAUAAUAAAAGUGAUGAUCAAAGUGAACGUUCAUUAUCCAAUGAACGAUAUCAACGACGAGAUGAUGAUUCAACAGAUGAAGAUAGAUCAGAAGAUGAAAUACCUGAUUAUCUUUCGGGAGAUUCAUCAGAUGAAAAUGAAGAAACAAAACAAACUGUUCGAGAUGAAAAAGAUAAAGAAGCUGAAGAAUUAGCAAUUAAAAUAGCACUUGAAGAAUUUAUGGAAAAAAUCAAACAAAGUGGUGCUGUUUUUCAUAAUAAUAAUGAUUCACAACCAUCACAAACUUCACUUUUUUCAUUUACUGAUUUAUCAACACAUUUAUUUGCUGCAUUUGCUUCACAUGAUUGUCCAUCACCACUUUUUCUUGAUCAAACAUCAUCCGCUGAUGAUCCAUAUUCAAUGCCAACAUAUAAUUAUGAUCAAACAUUUAAAUCUAUUCUGAUUGGAAAUAAACAAAUUAAUGUACCACCUGGAUUUGAACAUAAUAGUGAUGCUUUAGCAGCUGCAGAAAUUGAACAAAAAAUGGCUGAAUUUGAACUCGAACCUAUUAUUGAUAAUACAACAAAUGAACAACAACAAGGUCUUGAUAAUGAUCAAAACACUCUUCAUCAUGGUACAAAAUUAAUAAUUGAAUUAUUAGAAAAUGAAUUUCUUCUUUCUGCUAUAAAAAUUUUUUGUGAUUGGCUUGCUGGCAAUAAACGUCUUCUUCAAAUGUUAUUACCUAUAUCACCUGGUCUAUGGUCAAAAUUAGCUUUAUUAUUAAAUUUUUUACCUCAUGAACGUGAUAUUUUGAAAAGUGGUUUAAUUCCUUCAAAUUCAUCGAUUUAUCCAUUAUUAAGUAAAUUUGUUGAAACAAAAGUUUUUAUUUUUCCAUCACCAAUGCUUAAUGAAGAUAUUCGAUUACGUUCAUUUCAAUCAUUGAAAGUUGAUCGAAAUUAUAUGAAAUUAAAUUUAAAUCAAUUAUCAUCAUUAAAUAAGCUUGAAUCUACAAUAAUUCGUAUUUGUUCUCUACGUCGUUUUGGUUAUUAUGCAACAUCAAUAUUACCAAAUUCUCAAUUUAAUUAUGAUAAUGAUAAAUUAUCUUUUAUUGCUUCAAAUUCAUUUGAACAAUCAACAUUAACAAUAGAUUCAUCAUCAAAUCAAUCAUCAGAUACAAUUGUUGAUGAAGAACGUAAAUCUCGUUUAAUGCGUGAUAUGGCCGCACUUCGUUUACAAGCUGAAAUAAGUCAAUUAGAAAAUAGUUUAAAAAAUGAAGAAUUUUCUUUACCACCUUAUCUUGUUAUUGAUUCAUCGGUUUUAUGUACAAAUCUUAAUUUAGUACAAAAAUUAGUUCAAUCACAACGUUUUAUUAUUAUUAUUCCACUUGUUGUAAUUGAUAUUCUUGAUGAAUUAAAAAAAGAACAACGUGAAGCACGUGAUGCUAUUCGAUGGCUUGAAAACCAGUUUCGUCUUGGAAAUAGAUUUAUUCGUACACAAGCUGUACAUGAACGAUUAACAAAUCAAAAUAAAAAAAAGAAUAAUAAAAACAAAGAUUUUAUUCGUUUUCAAGAAAUAAUUGAUUGUUGUCUUUAUUUUACACAACAAAGUAGUCUUGAUAAACAAACAACAACUAAUUCAAUGUCAACAGUUAAUUUACUUUUUGCAAGAUCAUUAACAAAUAAAGAACAACAAACAAUUGAAAAAGAUGGAGUAAUUGUACAACAUAUUGAUGAUUUUCACCGCCGUUGGAGACAAUCAACACCUGAGAAAUAA